AUAAUUUCAAUAAAAUGAAAAAAUAUGAAAAAUUAAAUUUUUAAGUGUAAAAUGAUACUUUUCUAUGAAAUUUAAAAAAGUUUAAAAAUAUGAGAAUUUUUUGCUCUAAAAUUGUAACGUUACUUAAACAAAAUGUAACCGUUAUAACUCUGAGGAAACAACUAAACAAGUCGUUUAUAUUGGCAUCGAGAGAUUGCAGUUCCGACUUCAGCUUACCCCUUCCGAGCACCGCAACAGUACUUCAGAAUGACGCAGCGGCAAAAGUAGUACUCUUAGGGACUGUACAUUUUAGCAAAAAGUCUGUAGAAGAAGUUACCCAGAUUGUUCACGCUCUAAAACCGAACGCAAUAUUGGUUGAGUUAUGCAGACAAAGAGUAUCGUUGCUGGAACUAGAUGAUAAAAAAUUCUUGGAGGAUGCCAAAAAAUUUGACAGUAAAAAGUUUUCACAAACCAUGAAAGAACAUAAAGGUGUUGUUUCUGGCAUGUUGCACGCCAUGCUCUUGAAGACGUACGCUGACCUCGCCAAGGAAUUAGGAGUAGCACCUGGUGGUGAAUUUCGGAGAGCAUAUCACGAAAUGAAAAAAAUUCCAGGAUGUAAGUUGUUUCUUGGCGAUCGGCCGAUACAAAUAACAAUAUCAAGAGCUUUUCAAUCUUUGAGCAUGAUUGAAAUUGGACAGGUGCUUUACCACUUGUCAAAAACGAAUCAGAAGCCGCUUGAUAAAUUACAAAUCGAGAAAUAUAAGAGUAAAGAGUUUGUCCAAUCACAAUUCGAUGAAAUCACAAGAGAAGUUCCGGCUUUUAGAAAAAUAUUUCAUGUGUUUGUCGACGAGCGUGACCGUUGUCUUGCCUACUCCUUACAGGAGUGUGUUCGUAGUGUUCAAAAUCCUCGAGUAUUAGCCGUCGUUGGAAUGGGCCACGUAAACGGCAUCAGCAGGUACUACGGAAAAAUGAGACAGGAAGACAUUGUGCCUUUAUUAUUGCGAUUUCAGCGGACUGAAAAAUAUUUUAAUCCCGUCCAGAAGAAGCCUGUUAUAUAUUAGAAGUAAAUGAACAGUUAUUUCAAAAUCCCCCAGCCAUCACUUAUUUCCAUCAUAAUAAGAAAAGGAAUUAAAUAUACUAUUUACUUUUUGAUCUUCUCGUUUUUUUA